CCGCGCCCGAUCUCUCCCCCCGGAGGCACCGAGCGUCGCACCGGCACACGUCGUUCACUUCGUUCGAACGUCGCGUCUUCCCAGCUGUUGCAUCGCGAGCGCCUCGCACCGCCCCUUCGCCUCCAAAGCCCCCCCCCACGGGCGUUCCCGCGAGGUCUCACCCUAGGUCCCCCCAACCCCCCCCACACACGCGGGGCCGCGCGGUGCGUCUAGUCACGCUCCACCCUCCACCCUCCGUCGACCGAACGCGCGACCCGCCAUGGCCGUCGCGUCCGCGUCGCUCACGCUGCGGGGCGCCGACUUCGCGGCGGGUUCACUCGCGAUGAGGUCGUCCGCGCCCCGCGCCGCGCCCCGCGCCGCGCGCGCUCGUCGCGUCGUGACCCGCGCGCAGGGUAACCUUCGCCCGUACACCCUCCGCAAGGGCGACACGCUGGAGACGAUCGCGCAGAAGCGCUCGAUGAAGGUGGACGAGAUCAGGAAGAUCAACUCCAAGCUGUCCAGCGGCGCGGAGGCAAAGGUCGGGGACACCAUCCUGCUCCCCGCGGGAAAGCUCUCGGCGCGCGAUAAGGACAUCAUCGACGGCAUCACCAAGAUCAACCAGCCCCGCAUUUACCCCACGCGCAAGGGCGAGAGCAUCAUGGACAUCAUCGAGCCCCGAGGGAUCGCGUUCGAGGACGUCAAGAAGCUCAACCCGGGGGUGAACCUCGGCACGUUCACCAACGGCGAGAAGCUCAAGCUGCCGCCGGGAAAGUACACGGUUCGGGAGAAGGAGAUGCUGCAGGGGUGCGGCAUCCUCCCGCCCGAGAGCGUCAACCCCCUGCAGUUCCUCUUCACCAAAAACGCGCUCUACCUGCUCGCGGGCGUGGCGGGCUCGGGGCUGUACGCCUUCUACUUCGCGGCGUGCGUGCGGUACCAGAAGUACGGGAUCAAGCUCUGGGGGAACGAUCUUCCGCCAAUCAGCGACGAUUGAUGGGGACGAGAUCGGUCCGAGCAUGGACACGGCUGUGUACGUCGCGAAGAUGGACACAGCUGUGUACGUCGCCCGUCGCCCGCGAAGAUGGACACAGCUGUGCCGUCGGGGGACGCGGGGGUACGAAACGCGACGAGGCGCGGCGCGGGGUUUGGGGCAAACCCCCGCCAUCCGUCGCCCGGGUUGUAAACGAUUAGCCGUAGGGUUGUUCAAAACGCGAAUUAGCCUU